AUGAGAAGUGCUUGUAGACUUGAUAAGGUUAAUUUGCCGUAUGGGAAUGUAAUUACAUCUUGUGUGCAAAAGAAGGAAAUAUGGGAAAAGAGCUAUCAUAUGGACUUGGUAAAAACCAAAGAUCACGCUAUUUAUUAUGGGAGCUUGGUUAAAAUGGGGUAUAUACUCGAUGGGGAAAGAUUCAUUAAGACCCCAAAGACUGGUCCAAGAAAAAAACACAACCUACCUGCUCAACCUAAAGAAGCCCCUUCCAGAUUCUCAAAUGAAGUAAUUUUUAAUUUGCUAAUGAGGAUUGAUGGAAAGCUGACUGACCAAGGAGAAAAUAUACAGAAAAUUGAAGAGAGAGUUACUAAGUUGGAAAACAAGCUGAAGGAGAAAGAAAACAUGCCAUCUGAACCUAUGGCUGUAAAUAGUUCUGCCACAUCCAGCACUGCACCUGCACAGCAAGGAGCUGAAGGUUCAGCUGAGCCAGUAGAAAAAUCUUCUCCUCAUGUUAAAAGUUCUGGCAUUCAAGCUGAAGGUUCCACCUACAAGUCUACCAGUCUUGUUCUGCAAAUUAAAGACUCUCCUCAAGGGGUUGAUCAGCUAGCCAAGACAUCCUCUCCUGAACCUCAAAGCAAAAAUGAUUCAGAACAAAGGACAAAAGUGGUUGGUUCAGAGACAAAGAAACAACAAACCUCUCCUCCAAAUUCAGAGGAAGUUUCCAUCAUGGAUAUCUUUCACCAAAUGGUUAAGGAGGGACAAGCUGAAAAAAACACUGCCAGGAUAGAAACUCAAAAGGAUGGUGAAGAUGUAGAAAAAGGAAAACAGCCUACAUCAGCUACCAAAGUAAAGGCAAAAGCAGAAAAAUACAAAGCCACUAUAACACCACCAACUGAGGCAAAACCACCAACCAAAGGCAAGAAGACUAUGGCAACCAAGACAACUUUUCUCAAGAGAAAAAAGUCUUCCAAGUUGGCAAAGAAAUCCAAACCAGUUUCAACCUCUUCUCUUCAGAGUCCAAUCCCUGUCUCAGACAAGUCCACACCAGAACCUUCCUUUAGACAGUCAUCACCUCUCCGAGAGCCCUAUCCUUUUCCUCUAAACCCUUUCUAUGACACUGAAUCUUCACCUUUUGACACAUCAGAUGAAUAUAAGCCCCUUACAUUGAUUCUGACAAAAAAAGGGAGUAGAAUGGGUGCAAGAACCAGAGAAUGGGUGCAGGAGUUAAAAAAAAAAUGUUAG